GAUUGAUUUAUACUAUAUUAUAUUACUGCUGUGUUCCUUUUAACUGUGUAUGAAAGUGCUGUUAUGUUUUUAUUGUAAUAUAAUUGUAAGAAAACUACCUCACAGUAUGUACGUCGACAUGCAAAGGAAUGUUUUAUAUUGUUUGUAAUAGUAGUUGGUCCAUAUUACUUCCUUUAUGAAAAUGAAGAAAGAAGUACACAUAUUCUGCAAGCAGAUUUUAAGAAGACUACAUCAGGUUCAGUUUCGUCGACGUGCAAAGGAAUGUUUUAUAUUUUUGGUAAUAGUAAUUAUUCUAUACUACUUCCUCUAUAAAAAUGAAGAGAGAAGUACAUAUAUUCUGCAAGAAGAUCAGGUUUAUUUUUCGAUCAAUCAAGAAAUAAAAUACUUAAUCAAUACUUCCCAGUGUAAAAUACCAAAAAGCAAUCCAUACAGCGAAGAUAUUAUUGACUUUAUUAAUAAAGAACAAUAUGAUAAAUGUUCGACUAAAACUUUGCUAUCAUAUAUUAAUAAAACGAAUGACAUUGUUACUUUACAUUUUAACCGUAGUGCACAGAAAGAAUACAGUUAUUUCAGCAUAGGAUGCUGCUAUUCGAAUAUUACUAGGAUUAAUUAUGAAAAAUUAGUGGAUGACCAAAUUAGGCUGACUGAUUGCAUUCCCUUCGAAGACUCAGUAGAAUUAAAGUAUCCUUACGUUAGUGUUAAAUGUUCAACAUUUUUUAGUGUAGUAUACAGCAAUGUUCAUGCUGUCACUUUUUCAAUCUCAAAAAAACCUAAGAAACCCUCCGGAAAACCAAAAUUUAGUAUUAUGAUGCUUGGAAUAGAUAGCGUGUCAAAAUCUAAUAUAGAACGCACCAUGCCAGAAAGCUUCAAAUGGGCCGAAAGUAACAUGAUCAACCUUAAAGGUUAUAACAAAAUCGGCGACAACACAUUUCCGAAUUUGAUGGCAAUACUGACUGGGUAUAAUGUAGAUCAGUUAUCAAAAUUUUGUAACCGUACCGUAAAGCUGAACAGUUGCAAGAUUAUCUGGGACAAAUUUAAAGAAUCUCAAUACAUAACAGGAUAUGCAGAGGACGAUUGCAAUAUUAACACAUUUCAUUAUGACCGUCCAGGUUUUUUAGAAGAACCCACAGAUUAUUAUUACCGUCCUUACUUUUUAGCAGCAGAAACUUUGCAUACUGUAUUAAGAAAAAAUAUGAUAUAUUGUGCCGGUCCUGAAACUUCUGGAGAAAGAAUACAAAAUGCAGCUAAAGAUUUCGCUGUUACGUUUAAGGACGUUCCAUCUUUUGGACUGUUUUGGAGUAACAGUUAUAGUCAUGAUAAUAUUAAUAUGCCAGGAGCUAUGGAUAAGAAGAUGUUACAACUUUUGUCUAGCACUGAAUUUUUUGAAGCUAUCAAUAAUACCAUUUUAAUCUUUUUUAGUGAUCACGGUUUCAGAUUUGGCGGUAUUAGGUUUACACAUACAGGAUGGGUGGAAGAAAGGCUUCCUUUUAUAUAUUUCAGAUUUCCAGAUCUCUUUAAACAUUCUUAUCCAGAACAAUAUAAUAAUUUCAUAACAAAUACAAAUCGGUUGACAUCACCCUAUGAUAUCUACAACACUCUACAAAACAUAUUGAACAUCGGCAAUGAUUCUUACGUACCAUCGUGGAGUCAAGGGUGUCCCAGUUGCCAUAGUUUGUUUGCAGAAAUUCCGGAAAAUAGAACAUGUAAAGAUGCCGGUAUUAGUAAACAUUGGUGUACUUGUCAAGGACACACAUACAUUAAACCAAAUCAUCCCAAAGUAAUAGAAGUAUCAAAAUUUGUUGUAAAUGAAACCAACAACAUUUUGCUUACAACUAAGGGGGGUUCAUUAUGCGCAAAAUACAGUUUAAAUAAAGUUAUGACCUCUGGUAUGUCUGAACCAUAUUGGAAUGAAGAUCACAAAUACGUCCACUUCUUUUUAGUAAUGUUGGAAACAAGUCCUAAGGCUAGUUUUGAAGCUACUGUUGAAGCUUCAUUUGAGGAAAGAAAUCGUAGUUUUAAGCUGUUAGGUGAUAUAAGUAGAAUAGAUAGAUACGGACCUGUUACAGAAUGUAUUACAGAUAAUGGUUAUUUAAGGAAAUAUUGUUACUGUCGUAACAAAAUAUAACAAAAUUAGAUAGGUAAAAAUAAACAAUAUUAAAUUGGGAUUAAUUAUUCCUAUUUAAAUAAUUUUUUUGUUAUUUUGUCUCAAGCACAUAUCUCAUGGUAAUAUAUAUAUAUAUAUAUAUAUAUAUAUAUAUAUAUAUAUAUAUAUAUAUUAUAUAUAUAUAUAUAUAUAUAUAUAUAUAUAUAUAUAAUAAGGAUCACUCAGACGAGUGGUGGGUUCAAAUAUCGGUCUACUAGGUGGAGAAAUAAAAGGCAAAGUUAAUAAUACUUCAUCUAUUUUGAAGAUGUUUCGCUAUCGAAUUCUGAUAGCAUCAUCAGUUCAUCUAAAAAUUUUACAUUAUGAGAACCACACAUUCAUGAAGAAGAUGUUACAUAGUUACCUUAAAAAGACAUGUAGUUGUCAAUGGUAUUAAAAAGUUAGUACGAAAACUCAAAUAAAUGGACAUCAUAUGGUGAUAUUGUAUAAACAGUCAAAUAACUAUCAACAUUUAAAGACUUAGUAAAAAUUAGCAAAGCAACAGAACACGUGGUCUAAUAAGCAUAUAAUAUUUUAUAUAAUAUUAACUAGUGAAAAAGAACUAAGAAAAUCAUCGAUUCACUUCCAACUAUGCAAAAAAUUAUUUUAUGACUUCAUCUUAACUUUUGGUAGCAUUAUUUAAGUUAUCUACAUUGAGAUAUAAAAAAUAUGUAUAAAAAAACAUAUAAAGUGAAGUUACCACUGUAUGCUUAGCACCUGUUGCGAUUGAAAUGGCGUUAAUUAAAAGAUACCGAGCCAAUGACAUGAACAGACAGCCAGCCUUGAGGUCGAAAAUUCUUCGACAGAACAGCAAGGUUAAGAGUACCAACCCACUAAUUUAAGGGCGGUAUAUUUGAAAAAGUUAACAUGAGUUUGAAUGAUGCCCUCCCGUAAGAGACCAAACAAUGAAAGAAAUUAGCGAUAACGUUAAUCCCCUGCAUCAACCGGUCUAGAACAAACAGGUAGGCAAAAUUCAUUCAACUUCAUAUAUAAAAGAGUGAAAAAACCGUCAACAGUGUAGUUGGAUAUACAACUAUGACGAUAGUUGGAUAGUUGGAUAUAUAACUAUGACGAUAAGCACCUAAUUUCCAAAAAGUCCAAGGUCCCACGCUUGGAACUUUAAUUUAUAAGGUAUUCUAAGAAUGAAUUGCGUUAAUUUGUAUUAAAGUAAAAAUCAGAAAUUCACAUUAAUCAAUGUAUGAAAAACGACAGAGUAUGCAAUGUGAGUUUGCAUAAGUAAGUCUAAGUUAAUUGACAUUAUUGUAAUAUUAUAUUUUAUCAAAGUAUUAAUUAUAGUAAGUUAAAGUUGUAUAAUUAUUUAAUAAAACAAAUGUGUU